UUAAAAGAUAAUUUAGAUGCUACCUCAGGAUAGAAUAAGCCCUGGUCAGGAUAAAUUAGCCCAAGAGAUUUCCUCAGACUUGAAAGAACAGUUUGAUAGCAUUGAGAAUUGCCCUAAACAAGCACAAGCAGAGCUUGAUUCAUCAAAAGUGCAACGAGAUGAUUCUAGCAAGAAUAAAAUGGCAGGGAUAUUCUUUGGUUUAGGGAUGAACGUAGUUUGGUCAAUAUGCCCUCUAACACUUGGGUUUACCUACAAAUACACAAAUAUCAAAGCCUAUGAGGUAAUAUAUUGGAAGUCUAUUUUUAUGAACAUUGCCAACCUCUUGUUAUGAAGAUAUCACUAUUUGAUUCUCCCAACUAAGAAGGAGAACAGAAAACCUGUAAGUGUACUUGAGAUCCCGGAAGACUGAAGAAAUAUUUUUGCUAUAAAUUAUCCAACAUGAGGCUCAUACUUUAAUGAUUUUCCAGUGAGCUCCUUUGAAAGCAAUGGAGAGAUCCUCUCUAGGUAGAUUAUGCUUAGUAUAAAUGUGUAAUAAAAUUAUUAUCCUAGUUAUUUCUUUGAGUAGAUUGCUAGAGAUUUCCUAUCUCCUGAGAUAUUUCUCAACAAUGCAUGUACAAUUAUCUGAUAGAUUCAGUCUGGUUAGCAAUAAAGGUCACUAAAUUAGUCCCAGAGGUUUACUUCUUGGUUAAAAUUUUAGGUGCAGAUUUUCAAAUAUCUGCUAUUAGGUUCCUUACAGUUUCAAAAUCUAGUUGUGCUCCGUUCGAUCUUUGGUUCUCUUGCAAUGUGAGCUUACUUUGCUGGCUCUAUGUAUAUCCCGAUUUCAAAGGCAGUUGUGCUCUACUACACAGGGCCAUUGUACGUCCCCUUUCUGUCAUACAC